AUGAAGCUGAAGCGUGAUGCUAUCAACUCGACGAAGCUGUUGAAGUAUGUGUUGGUUGGAUUGGUAGUGUUUUUGGGUUUGGUUUGUUUGUAUAACGGGUCAUUGUUUGAACCGGCUCUGCCGCGUGUAGAUGAUUCGUUUGAAAAUGGCGUUGACCCGGUCACUGGAAGAUUUGUUGUGAAAAAGGACUUUGAUGAAUUGUUUGAAGAUGAAGAACACAAUCCUGAAGUUCCCAAAAGCAUUCCGGUUUGUGAUUUGAGAUAUUCGGAGUUGAUACCGUGUCUGGAUAGAAAUUUAAUAUAUCAAAUGAAAUUGAAGCUUAAUUUGAGUUUAAUGGAGCAUUAUGAAAGACAUUGUCCACCUCCAGAGAGGCGUUUGAAUUGCCUCAUUCCUCCUCCCACAGGUUACAAGAUCCCAAUUAGAUGGCCGGCAAGUAGGGACCAAGUGUGGAAGGCGAACAUACCCCAUACACAUCUUGCAAAAGAGAAAUCAGAUCAGAAUUGGAUGGUUGUGGACGGGGAGAAAAUAAAGUUUCCAGGUGGUGGAACCCAUUUCCAUGAUGGAGCUGACAAAUACAUUUCAGCUAUAGCAGGGAUGCUUAAGUUUCCUGGUGAAAAACUCAACAACGGUGGUCAUAUUCGAAGUGUUCUUGAUGUGGGUUGUGGAGUUGCAAGUUUUGGAGCCUAUCUUCUCCGCCAUAACAUCAUAGCUAUGUCCCUUGCUCCUAAUGAUGUCCAUGAAAAUCAAAUACAGUUUGCCCUGGAAAGGGGGAUCCCAGCUACUUUAGGUGUCUUGGGCACCAAAAGACUACCAUACCCCAGCAGAUCAUUUGAAUUGGCUCAUUGUUCCCGUUGUAGGAUUGAUUGGCUCCAGAGAGAUGGGAUCCUUUUGUUGGAGUUGGACAGAUUGCUUAGACCUGGAGGAUAUUUCGUGUACUCCUCACCAGAAGCAUAUGCACUUGACCUAGAGAAUCGAAAAAUUUGGAAUGCUAUGUACGACCUGCUGAGAAGAAUGUGCUGGAGAGUUGUUGCAAGGAGAGAUCAAACAGUGAUAUGGGCUAAGCCUUUGAGUAACAAUUGCUACUUAAAGAGAAAUCUUGGAACCAACCCACCCAUGUGUAGUUCUAAUGAUGAUCCGGAUGCAGCAUGGAAUGUUCUCAUGAAGGUGUGCAUCACCCCAUAUUCGGAAAAGAUGCAUCAGCAGAAAGGGAGUGGACUAGAACCCUGGCCACAAAGGCUAUCUGCAGUGCCUCCUCGUUUGGAAGAAAUUGGUAUCAGUCCUGAAGUAUUUAAAAAAGACACUAUUAUAUGGCAUUACCGAGUUUCCGAGUAUUGGAAGCAGAUGAAAUCUGUUGUACAAAGGAACUCAGUCAGAAAUGUCAUGGACAUGAACUCACACCUUGGUGGGUUUGCCGCUGCUUUAAGGAACAAGGAUGUUUGGGUGAUGAAUGUUGCUCCAGUUAAUGCAUCUAACAAAUUGAAGAUUAUAUAUGAUCGAGGUUUUAUUGGAACAGUUCAUGACUGGUGUGAAUCAUUUUCAACUUACCCACGCACAUAUGACCUACUACAUGCAUGGUCAAUCUUCUCAAAGAUUGAGGCAAUUGGUUGUAGCUCGGAGGAUUUGCUGAUUGAAAUGGACAGAAUACUAAGGCCCGAAGGGUUUGUCAUCAUAAGAGACAGGCCUUCUGUCAUAAACCAUGUACGAAAAUUCUUGGCUGUCUUAAAGUGGAAUGGAUGGGUAUCAGAGGUGGAACCGAGUGCUGAUGCUCUCUCCUCGAUUGAAGAAAGAGUUCUGAUUAUGAGAAAGAAAUCAUGGGAGGAUAUUACAGAGUUGUGA